AUGCCGAGCUCAUGUAAGGAAAUACGAGCCGCCCUGGCACAAUGCCUCCAAGAAUCUGAAUGCGUCAUGGUCCAGCGACACACGGCCGCCGAGUGCCUACGCUCCCCCCUAGCCGAGACGCUGCCGACGAAAUGCCAGCAGCUGAAGAAGGGCUUUGGCGAGUGCCGCCGCGGCAUGAUUGACAUGCGCAAGCGAUUCCGGGGCAACCAGCCGGUGGCGUUCCGGAACCUGCAGGAGAGCGAGGAGACGGGCGAAGGGUAUCAGCUCUAUGCGGGCAAGAGCGCGUUCAGUGGGGCGCGGGGGGAGACCAAGGGGGAUGGGGAGGCGCCGCGGGACUGGAGGGAGGUGGAGAAUGAGAAAUAUCGGCGGGAGAUGGAGGAGAAGAAGCCUUGA